AUGUGUAUUGUCGUUGUCGUCGUCCCACCCCCCCCCCCCUCAGUGGUGGUACUACUGCUGAUAGUACUCCAGUGGGCAGGACGAGGCCUCCCUUCUUCUGUUAGGCCCAUCUGUGACCCCCGCGUUCUGGACCGCUUCAUCAUGGAGGCCCGCGACACAGAGACAGCUCUGGUGAGACACUGACUGAAGCCAAACCAUCACUAGAUGGACCUGAGCUACUUUUACAUGUUUGAAAAAUGUCACAUUAGAAGACAGAUUAUGAUAUUAUUAGAGUCUAUUAUGUACAGAGACAAUUCCGUUUUAUUAGUGUGUUUGAUCUGUUGGUGUGUCUCAUCUUGCCCUAACUCUGUCAAUAUGUCUGGCCUUACUUCCCUCUCACAGCGAGGUUGCAAGGCAGGGUGUGGAGUGACAGGCACGUUUGUGGUUCCUCUGACAAAUGUUGACUUUGUAGUCUGGGAGAAAAAGGAUGUGAGUACCUGUCUGUCAGUUCAAUACCUGGGUUGUUCCACGAAAUGAGUGAAAUAUGUUAAGUAGAAAUUGUGCACCAAUAUUGAAUUUGAAAAGCCUGUUAUUUUAAAUGAAGUGCCCUUUAAUACAGACCACAUGGAUAAUUCAAUAAAUCAGAUUCCUAAAUGAAUAAAGACUUGUUAAAGUGCCAAAAUUCAGCAAGAACGCUAAGGUAACCUGUCUAAAUGACUAUUGCCCUGUAGCACUCACAUCUGUAGCCAUGAAAUGCUUUGAAAGGCUGGCUCACAUCCACACCAUCAUCCCGACAUCCUUGACCCACUCCAAUUCGCAUAACGCCCCAACAGAUCCACAGAUGAUGUAAUCUCUAUUGCACUCCACACUGCCCUUUCCUACUUGGACCAAAGGAACACCUAUGUGAAAAUGCUGUUAAUUGACUACAGCUCAGCGUUCAACACCAUAGUGCCCUCCAAGCUCAUCACACACCUCCCUCUGCAACUGGAACCUGGACUUCCUGAUGGGAUGCCCCCAUGUGGUGAGGGUAGGCAACAACACAUCUGCCACGCUGACCCUCAACACGGGAGCCCCUCAGGGGUGUGUGCUUAGUCCCCUCCUGUACUCCCUGUUCACCUGCUUGGCCGCGCACGACUCAAACACCAUCAUUAAGUUUUCUGACAAAACGAUGGUGGUAGGCCUGAUCACAAACGACAAUGAGGCAGCCUAUAGGGAGGAGGUCAGAGACCUGGCAGUAUGGUACCAGGACAAGAACCUCUCCCUUAACCUCAUCUAGACAAAGGAGCUGAUCAUGGACUACAGGAAAUGAAGGGCCGAGCACGCCCCCAUUCACAUCGACAAGGCUGUAGUGGACCGGGUCGAGAGCUUCAAGUUCCUUGGUGUCCAGAUCACUAAGGAUCUAUCAUGGUCCAAACACACCAACACAGUGGUGAAGAGGGCUCGACAAUGCCUCUUCCCCAUCAGGAGGCUAAAAAGAUUUGGCAUGGGCCCUCAGAUCCUCAAAAAGUUAUACAGCUGCACCCUUGAGAGCAUCUUGAUUGGCUGCUUCACCGCUUGGUAUGGCAACUGCUCAGCAGCGAUCGUAAGGCGCUACAGAGGGUAGUGCGGACGGCCCAGUACAUCACUGGGGCCGUACCCCUGCCAUCCAGGACUUCUAUACCAGGCGGUGACAGAGGAAGGCCCUAAAAAUUGUCAAAGAUUCCAGCCACCCAAGUCAUAGACUGUUCUCUCUGCUACCACACUGCAAAUGGGACCGAUGCACCAAGUCUGGAACCAACAGGACCCUGAACAGCUUCUAUCCCCAAGCCAUAAGACUGCUAAAUAAUUGGUUAAAUAGUUAACCAAAUAGCUACCUGGACUAUCUACAUUGACCCUUUUUGCACUAACUUUUUUGACUCAUCACAUAUGCCGCUGCUACUGUUUACUAUCUGUCACUUUAUUUCUAAGAGUGUGUUGUGUCGAGAAAACGUUGCUAAUCAUGCUGUGAGACCAAGGAAAUCCGCUGACGCUGUACUUCGAUCAUAAAGAUGUAUUUAUAUCAAAGGGUUACAGCUUCAAUUUACAGAUACCUGCCGGCAUCUGGAGAACAGCCAACCCAAAUUCUAAAUAUGCUAUUCUGACCUCCUUUGUCUUCAACAAGUAUUUAUCCUAUGUAAUCUGAUAUGGGUGUUUCCCCUACAGACCAAUCCCAGGAGGUCACCUAACAGACUUCCUCUGCUUUAGUGUACUCCUAUAGAACUGCUCUUCAGAUGUCUCCCUGGGCCAAAUCAACAUUCUCUAAGCUACCAUUUGCAAACAUUAACAAAGUCAUAAUUCCUCAGAUACUACAAGUGUGCAAAGCUGUCAUCAAGGCAAAGGGUGGCUAUUUGAAGAAUCUCAAAUAUAAAAUAUAUUUUGAUUUGUUUAACACUUUUUUGGUUACUACAUGAUUCCAUAUUUGUUAUUUCAUAGUUUUGAUGUCUUCACUAUUAUUCUACAAUGUAGAAAAUAGUAAAAAUAUAGAAAAACCCUUGAAUGAGUAGGUGUUCUAAAACCGGUAGUGUAUAUGUACAGUACAUAUCUACCUCAAUUACCUCAAACCCAUGCACAUCAUCUCGGUACUGGUACCCUUUGUAUAUUGCCAAGUUAUCGUUAUUAAUUGUGCAACAAUUAUGACUUUUAUUAUUACGUGUUUUACUUUUCUAUUAUUUCUCUAUUUUCUUUUGCUGUAAGUCCACACCUAUUGUUUACGAAGCAUGUGACUUUACAAUUUGAUUUGAUUUGAACUUACAUUGAGUCCAUUGAGUUCACUGAGCUCUGCCUGCCAAUAAAUGUAUUUCUGUACAGUGUACCCAUUAAUACUGGAGUACAUUCACCCUAAUGUGAAUGCGUCUUUAGCUGUAUAAUGAUUAUGUAUAAUGACAUUCUGUGAGUUUUGUUUUAGCAUAUACAUUUAUGUAAUGUGUGUAUGUAAUGUGUACUAUGUGUGUGUAUUCCCAGACUGGGCUGCAGGCUCUGGAGGUCCAGUCAGGGCUGUCUCUGUUUGGCCAGGCCCUGGGUGCUGUGAGGGAGUCAGUGAGCCGUGCUGCCGUGCAGAUCCUCAUUGACAACAACAAGAGCAACAUCCACAGCCUGGGCCAGGUGCUGCGCAGCCUCCACAUCCAGGUGACUCACUGAGGAGUGUGAGUGUCUCGUCUACAGCAUGGCCAGUGGAUGGGACUGUGGUGUGAACAGUUUGUUAUGUAGGGCCAGGAGAGUUCCUGGUCUGAUCACAUGGUAAAGAAAACCUCCUUGCCCCAAUAGGCCCAGAGUUAUUCCUGAUCACAUGACCUGACCAGGAAAAACUCCUAUCCCACUUAUCAGAUAUGUUUGUGUGUCAGUUUAUUUUCUACCGUAUGUGUGAGUCAGUUUGUACGUACUAUACUGUACUGGACUUCCCCGGCAGACAGCCUCGUUGGGAAUAGAUAUGUGUUCUUGGAAAGGUCAUGGACCAUAGGCUGGUGAGGGGAGGAUGUCUCAUAAUAAUGCCUGGAAUGGAGUGAAUGGAAUGGUAUCCAACACAUGUGUUGGAUACCGUUCCAUUUAUUUCCAUUCCAGCCAUUUCUAUGAGCCCGUCCUCCCUAAUUAAGGUGCCAUCAGCCGCCUGUGAUGGGUAUAGUCAGUCAGACGUUCCCCUGCCCUCUCUGCCCUCUCCCCUCAGUGUGCCAACGCCUACCUGCCGCGCUUUGUUUGCUUCUCUGUCAGAGGCGCCACUCUUCUCAGAAACCUGUGCCUUUUCAGGGUAGGGCAGUUCAGUGACUGAGAUGGCAUUGAGCAGGCCGGGCAUGGCAGUGGAAGUUAGUGGAAAGGCGUCAGAAUUGGGGUUCUAUUGGGCUGCAUACCAUUUGGUUUGGAGUAGCAGGCCAGGAAGAUCCUGGAAUAGACCCGCUUCCACAGAACAGAUGAGUGGUGCUUUCUUUUCAGGGUUGUAUGCUAAACCUUGUUCUUCCUCCCAUCCAUUGAACAGGACUUGUCCCUUCCUCGUUGGGAAUAGAUAGGUGUUCUUGGAAAGGUCAUGGACCAUAGGCUGGUGAGGGGAGGAUGUCUCAUAAUAAUGCCUGGAAUGGAGUGAAUUGAAUGGUAUCCAACACAUGUGUUGGAUACCGUUCCAUUUAUUUCCAUUCCAGCCAUUUCUAUGAGCCCGUCCUCCCUAAUUAAGGUGCCAUCAGCCGCCUGUGAUGGGUAUAGUCAGUCAGACGUUCCCCUGCCCUCUCUGCCCUCUCCCCUCAGUGUGCCAACGCCUACCUGCCGCACUUUGUUUGCUCCUCUGUCAGAGGCGCCACUCUUCUCAGAAACCUGUGCCUUUUCAGGGUAGGGCAGUUCAGUGACUGAGAUGGCAUUGAGCAGGCCGGGCAUGGCAGUGGAAGUUAGUGGAAAGGCGUCAGAAUUGGGGUUCUAUUGGGCUGCAUACCAUUUGGUUUGGAGUAGCAGGCCAGGAAGAUCCUGGAAUAGACCCGCUUCCACAGAACAGAUGAGUGGUGCUUUCUUUUCAGGGUUGUAUGGUAAACCUUGUUCUUCCUCCCAUCCAUUGAACAGGACUUGUCCCUUCCUCCAGCACCAGCAGUAGGUGACUCAGUGACUAGGAAGGUGUCAUCACUAUCUGAGCUGCUCCGUGUCCACACCAACUUCCUACGAGGGAAGGUUCGCCUGCUGCUCACCAACGCACCUGCCUGUCAACAGAACAGCACUUGAUUGGAGCUUUCCUCAAAGGCAGAGGCUGUGAUUGGACCAUUGUUUAGAGAGAGAACGAGGUCAUUGGACUUUUGCUGAAAUCUCUGAAUGGCUUCCAAGUAUGUAAUGUGUAGACAAGGUGAUUGCUGAC